UCCCCACCCUCUGUCACUCUAGGAAGCCCAGUGGCCGUCUGUGCUGCCGAAAUGAGUAUUUAGAGUAUUUCAAGUACCCAAGUGACAGUUAAUUUCAAGUGAAUGUCAUUAACCACCAGAGGUUACAGGGGAAAACAUUUUAGCCCUCUCCUACCAUCCACGCAUGUCAAUCCUUGUCUUCUUGAUUGGUCUCUACGAAGAUUAAUGCUAAAGUGAUUCUUCGUUAUCUGCCAAAAAAGAGUUGAAGAGUUUACCCAGGUUUGCCUGCAAUGAGAUUUCAUUCUCUACAGUCAAAGGACAUCCUUUCUGAGCUGCUGUGAAUCGACCUGGAAUGAUACUGUAUAUUUUCAUCUGAUGGAGAAUUAGCUGUACCUUGCACAAGCGGAUUGCUACACUGGACAACUUCAGAAUAUUGCUCACGAUGUCCUCAAACAGGAGUCAGAAUCCCCAUGGACUGAAGCAGAUUGGCCUUGACCAGAUAUGGGACGACCUCAGAGCUGGAAUCCAGCAAGUAUAUACCAGACAGAGUAUGGCGAAGUCCAGAUACAUGGAACUCUACACUCAUGUUUAUAACUACUGCACGAGUGUUCACCAGUCAAACCAAGCCCGAGGGGCUGGCGUCCCUCCUUCCAAAUCGAAAAAGGGACAGACGCCUGGGGGAGCUCAGUUUGUUGGCUUGGAAUUAUACAAACGUCUUAAGGAAUUUUUGAAGAAUUACUUGACAAAUCUUCUUAAGGACGGAGAAGAUUUGAUGGACGAGAGUGUCCUCAAGUUCUACACGCAGCAGUGGGAGGAUUAUCGAUUUUCAAGCAAAGUGCUGAACGGAAUUUGUGCCUACCUCAACAGACACUGGGUUCGCCGUGAAUGUGACGAGGGACGAAAAGGAAUCUAUGAGAUCUAUUCUCUUGCAUUGGUGACUUGGAGAGACUGUCUGUUCAGGCCGCUGAACAAGCAGGUAACGAAUGCUGUUUUAAAACUGAUCGAAAAGGAGAGAAACGGUGAAACCAUCAAUACAAGACUGAUAAGUGGAGUUGUGCAGUCUUACGUGGAAUUGGGACUGAAUGAAGACGAUGCGUUUGCCAAGGGUCCUACGCUGACCGUGUAUAAAGAGUCCUUUGAAUCUCAGUUUUUGGCUGACACGGAGAGAUUCUAUACCAGGGAGAGCACUGAAUUCUUGCAGCAGAACCCGGUUACUGAGUAUAUGAAGAAGGCAGAGGCCCGUCUGCUCGAGGAACAGCGGAGAGUGCAGGUCUACCUGCACGAGAGCACGCAGGACGAACUCGCGAGGAAGUGUGAGCAGGUGCUCAUCGAAAAACACUUGGAAAUUUUCCACACAGAAUUCCAGAAUUUACUGGAUGCUGACAAAAAUGAAGAUUUGGGUCGCAUGUAUAAUCUUGUAUCUAGAAUCCAGGAUGGCCUAGGAGAAUUGAAAAAACUUCUAGAGACACACAUUCAUAAUCAGGGUCUUGCAGCAAUUGAAAAAUGUGGAGAAGCUGCUUUAAAUGACCCCAAAAUGUAUGUACAGACAGUGUUGGAUGUUCAUAAAAAAUACAACGCCUUGGUAAUGUCGGCCUUCAACAACGACGCCGGCUUCGUGGCCGCGCUCGACAAGGCCUGUGGGCGCUUCAUUAACAACAACGCGGUUACCAAAAUGGCCCAGUCGUCCAGUAAAUCCCCCGAGCUGCUGGCUCGGUACUGCGACUCCCUAUUGAAGAAAAGUUCCAAGAACCCAGAAGAAGCAGAGCUAGAAGACACGCUCAACCAAGUGAUGGUGGUCUUCAAGUACAUAGAGGAUAAAGACGUGUUCCAGAAGUUCUACGCGAAGAUGCUGGCCAAAAGGCUUGUGCAUCAGAACAGCGCCAGCGAUGACGCCGAAGCGAGCAUGAUCUCUAAAUUAAAGCAAGCGUGUGGUUUUGAGUACACCUCUAAACUUCAGCGGAUGUUUCAGGACAUCGGCGUGAGCAAGGAUUUGAACGAGCAGUUCAAAAAGCACCUGACGAACUCGGAGCCGCUGGACUUGGAUUUCAGUAUCCAGGUGCUGAGCUCCGGGUCGUGGCCCUUCCAGCAGUCUUGCACCUUCGCCUUGCCGUCCGAGCUGGAGCGCAGUUACCAGCGGUUCACAGCUUUUUACGCGAGCCGCCACAGCGGCAGAAAGCUGACUUGGUUGUACCAACUGUCUAAAGGGGAACUGGUGACCAACUGCUUCAAAAAUAGAUACACUCUGCAGGCGUCCACCUUCCAGAUGGCCAUCCUGCUCCAGUACAACACGGAAGACGCGUACGCUGUGCAGCAGCUGACCGACAGCACCCAGAUCAAAAUGGACAUUUUGGCACAGGUGCUGCAGAUUUUAUUGAAGUCGAAACUACUGGUCCUGGAAGACGAAAAUGCCAACGUCGACGAGGUGGAGCUGAAGCCAGACACCUUAAUAAAGUUGUACCUCGGUUAUAAAAAUAAGAAGUUAAGGGUGAACAUCAACGUGCCCAUGAAGACCGAGCAGAAGCAGGAACAAGAAACCACACACAAAAACAUCGAGGAGGACCGCAAACUGCUGAUUCAGGCGGCCAUCGUGCGGAUCAUGAAGAUGCGGAAGGUGCUGAAGCACCAGCAGCUGCUGGGCGAGGUCCUCACGCAGCUGUCCUCCAGGUUCAAGCCGCGUGUCCCCGUGAUCAAGAAAUGCAUUGACAUUCUGAUCGAGAAAGAGUAUUUGGAGCGAGUUGACGGUGAAAAGGACACCUACAGUUACUUGGCUUAACCCUUCUCGAAGGGUCUGACUGUGCGACCCGCUGCGAAUCGUUUCCUGGUGGAGAGAAGAGCUCGGGUCCUCGCAGCCAGCCUGCCGCCACGCGGACGUCCCUUUUUAAACCUGAGACCGAGACUCCCAUCGGCUGGUCUCAGAUGCACAUCGGAACUGCUCAGGAUUGACACAUUUCACGUCUGUAAAUAUGGACACCAACGCCAUUUAACCUAAUUUAAGAACGGGGGGCUCGACCCUCCCCGCGGAGGGCUGCAUGCUACUGCGUUUAGAUCAAUACAUGGGCUCCGGGGCUCACCGCUGCCUCCUGGGCGGGGUCCGUGUUGGCGGCACUUGGAGAGCAAGUCUAAUGGACCCACGUGUAAUCUGCUAUGAAAAACCAUUUGUAUAGUGUGUUUCAUUUUUUAAUGUGUGAAAAUAAAGAAAAUUAAAGGAUUUCUGUACAAGUC